AUGAGUGCCCAGAGUGUGGCCAAAGACUCCCUGGGAAGGGUGGCCUCUACAAUUACACCCACACACACUGCUGAAGGACCUCAUGAAUGCCUCGAGUGUGGCACAAAGUUCAGUACUAAAAAGGACCUCAACACACACACCCUUACACACUCUGGUGAAGGACUUUAUGAGUGCCCAGAGUGUGGCCAAAGGUUCAGUAAUAAGCGGAACCUCAACAUACACAGUCUUACACACACUGGUGCCAAGCCUCUUGAGUGCCAAGAGUGUGGCAAAGAAUUCAGUGAUAAAAAUGCCCUCCAUAAACACACCCUUGUUCACUCUGGUGAAAGACGUCAUGAAUGCCAUGAGUGUGGCAAAAAGUAUAUUUACCUGAGUGAAUUAAAAAGACACAGCCUUACACACACUGGUGAAAAAACUUAUGAGUGCAAUGAGUGUGGCAGAAAGUUCAGUUGCAAGAGCUACCUUAAAAACCACAUCUUAACACACACUGGCGAAACACCUUAUGAGUGCCGUGAGUGUGGCCAAGGGUUUAGUAAGAAAAAGUGCCUCGACAUACACAUCCUUAUUCACACUGGUGAAAAACCUCACAAAUGCCAAGAGUGCGGCAGAAGAUUCACUCAGACGAGUAGCCUGAAGCAACACAUCCGUACACACACUGGUGAGAAACCUUUUGAAUGCCUUGAAUGUGGGAAAAAGUUUGCUCAGAAGAGUGGCCUCUACAAACACAUCCGUACACACACCGGUGAGAAACCUUUUGAAUGCCAUGAGUGUGGCAGAAAGUUCGCUCGGAAGAAUAUCCUAGAACUUCACGUGCUUACACACACUGGUGAAAAACCUCAUGAAUGUCAAGAGUGUGGCAAAAAAUUCCGGCAGAAGAAUAUCCUUAAAGGACACAUCCUGACACACACUGGUGAAAAGAAUCAUGAGUGCCCAGAGUGUGGCAGAAUGUUUAGGACUAAGUGCAGUAUGAACGAGCACCUCUUCCGACACUCUGGCCUGAAAGAGUUGAAGUGUGAUGUUUGUGGGAAACACUUUAAAAUGAGGCCGGAUAUUAUCCAUCACAUGAAGACCCACUUCCGCUGAGGAGUUGUGUUGUGCUGCUGUGUGGUGGUGGAGGGAAGAAUCCAGCACUGAGAACAACAAAUAAAGUCCAUUCUUA